CGUAAAUGAGGCAAGAUGGCAGCGAACCCUGUCACAAACACACCUCUUUUUGACUGUCCAACAUGGGCAGGCAAGCCACCCCCCGGCCUGCAUUUGGACGUAGUGAAAGGAGACAAGCUGGUGGAGAAGCUGAUCAUCGAUGAAAAGAAGUACUACCUGUUCGGGAGGAACCCAGACGCCUGUGAUUUCACAAUAGACCACCAGUCAUGCUCGCGUGUUCAUGCAGCCCUUGUCUACCACAGGCAUCUCAAGAGGGUGUUCCUCAUCGACCUCAACAGCACACAUGGCACCUUCCUGGGACACAUCCGUCUGGAGCCCCACAAGCCUCAGCAGGUGCCCAUCGACUCCACCAUGUCGUUCGGGGCGUCGACGCGGGUGUACACCCUGCGGGAGAAGCCUCAGACCCAGCCCAGCGCUGCAGCUGGGGACAGCAAGGCGGGGGAGGACGAGGAGCUCAAGGGCCUGCUGGGACUGCCGGAGGAGGAGACCGAGCUGGAGAACCUGACAGAGUUCAACACAGCCCAUAAUAAGCGCAUCUCCACCCUGACAAUUGAGGAGGGAAACCUAGACAUUCAGAGGCCCAAACGCAAGAGGAGGAGCUCACGAGUCACUUUCAGCGACGAGGAGGAGAUUAUAAACCCAGAGGAUGUGGACCCAUCUGUUGGGCGUUUCAGGAACAUGGUUCAAACUGCAGUGGUGCCAAUAAAGAAGAAGAAGACUGAGGUUCACGGCACACUAGGUCUUGAGGACACAAUGUCCAGGCGGGCACAGAACUAUCCUUUCAGUGGGGGUCUGUAUGGAGACCUGCCCCCCACCAGCCAGGAGGCCAGCACCCACCCUGCUGCAUCUCAGGGUGGAACCACUAUCCUGGGCGGCCUACCUCUGCCCUUCCCGAACCCUGCCCCAGAAGUGGACCUAACCCCCACCACCACCCAGCCCCCCAUCACCCUCAAUCCUACCCCCACACCCGGACCCUACGCCCCCGAGACGCUCAACGAGCCCCGAAAGAAGAAGUAUGCCAAGGAGGCGUGGCCAGGGAAAAAGCCCACCCCAUCUCUGCUCAUCUAG